AUGCUACACCUACCCUUUCGCCGUACCCACAAUGUCUCCAUCGCCGAAGCAAUCAAGCGCUACAUCUCGACCAAAUAUGACCAGCACCCGGACAUGUUCACCACAGAUCUCGAACAGAUAGACCACCUCAGACAUGCCGCCGUCCACGCCCUAGACCCUCACACCAGCCGUGUUCGCAAGCUUCAGCAAUAUGCUGCACAGCUCGUCUGGAUGGGUGCCAAAUUUCCCGUCGACAUCGGCUUGGACUUCAUCUGGUACCCUGCUCUAGGCUACAACACUCAACGACCCAUAUCUCAGGACAACAUCCGAUUUGAGCUUGCCAACAUUCUCUUCAACCUGGCUGCCAUGUACUCCCAACUGGCCAUGUCCUCCAACAGAAGCACUAGCGACGGCUUGAAAGCUGCAUGCAACUACUUCUGUCUCUCUGCCGGUGUCAUUUCCCAUCUAAAGACGACCAUCGUCCCGGACAUGAGGACCUCUCCGCCCGAGGACAUGGACACUUCUACACUGGAAAGCUUGGAAUAUCUCAUGCUGGCUCAGGCUCAAGAGUGUUUCUGGCAAAAGGCGGUAAAAGACGGUCUCAAAGAUGCCAGCAUCGCAAAGCUCGCUGCUAAGGUCAGCGACUUCUACAACGAAGCUGGCGACUGGGGCAUCAAGAGUGAUUCUGUUAGCAGUGAAUGGAUCCACCACAUGAACGCCAAGCACCACCACUUCGCCGCUGCUGCUCAAUACCGUGCUGCUUGCGACUGUCUCGAGAAGAGGAAAUAUGGCGAAGAGGUUGCCCGCUUGCGCGAUAGUCUAAAGUGUGCCGACGAAGCUUUGCGCGAGGCCAAAUACGUCAACAAGGCUGUGCAGGACGACCUGAAUGGCUUGAAAGCAAGAGUCUCCGAAGACCUCAAAAGAGCCGAGAAGGACAAUGACAUGAUCUAUCUCCUGCCGGUGCCGCCCAAGUCUGAGCUGAAAGUGCUUGAUAGAGCGAGCAUGGUUACCGCAAGAGUGCCCAAAGAGGUUUCGGAACCCUUGACUAUGCUCGGAGAUCAUGGAGAGUUGGGCAAGCCACUUUUCUCCAAACUCGUCCCAUACUCGGUCCAUGUCGCAGCUAGCAUCUACGUCGACCGCAGAGAUCGUUUGGUGAACAACACCAUUGUUCAAGAACUCGAGGACCUCACUCUCAGCAUACACGAACUCUUGAAGUCGAUUGGCCUCCCCGGAUCUUUGCAGGCUCUUGAGAAGCCUCUCGGUCUUCCUCCGAGUGUUGCCAGUCAUGCUGAAGAGGUCCGGCAGAUGAACGGCAUCUACAGACUCCACAGCGCCAUGGCCGAUACGGAGAAGCUGAAGAACAGCGAUCGCGCAACAUACCAGGAAGGUGUAGAGAUGCUUCGCUCAGAAUCAGCAGAGGACGAUGCCGCGCGACGCAAGUACGGAACUGACAGGUGGGCAAGACCACCAUCGAACGAAGCUUCCCGUAAGCUUUACUCUCAGGUCACCGAGAUUGACGGAUACCUCAAACAAGCCGCCAAUAGCGACAAGCUCGUGCAAAAAAAGUUGAAGGACAACGAAACUCUCAUUCGUCUACUCGCCGGUACAGAUCGUGAUCUCGAGGACUAUGUUCCGAGCAGCCGGCGUGCAACCAUGACCACCAAAGUUGAGAGAGAGGCAAACAACCUUCGCGCUGUGCUCAAUGAUAUUGCCCGUUUCGAGAACCGUCGCAAGCGUAGGAUUGAGAAUAUUCGAGCAAAGGCAAAGGCUGAUGAUGUUAAUGCCGACUUGCUGCGCGAAGCCGCACGUCUCGAAAGGGAAUAUCCCAUGCAAACACUUGAAGCGAUCCAAUUCGAAAGCUUCUUUGAUCGAAGACUUGAGAUGUAUACCGCCGACCGUAAUGACAUUAAUGCGGAGAGAACCGAACAAGACGAUCUACUCGAGCGUGUCCAGCAAGCCAACAGCUCUUUUACCGUUGCGAGAAAAGGAGACACCUCCACAAAGGACCGUGAACAGGCUUUGCAAAAUCUGGAAAAUGCAUAUUUGGCUUACAAAGAGAUUAUCUCAAACCUUGAGACUGGCCGCAAAUUCUACAACGACCUGGCCAGUAUAGUUACGCGCUUCCGCGAUGACUGCCGCAACUUCGUCUACCAACGACGCGCCGAAGCUUCGGCCCUCGAGAACGACGUGAGCACUUCCAUGGCUCAGAUGAGUUUGCAGAACGCCAACCAAACGAACCUGCGACAACAAAAACAACAGGAGACAUUGAUGAAUCAACAACAACCCCGUGCAACGCCACGGGCGGGGCCACCACUGGCAGCGCCCUUGCCUACCAGAGCCAAUAUUGCUCCUCCCCCAGUAACAGCGACCGCCUCUCCCACGCCAGGUAUGUGGACACCGGAAAUGGGUAUACGCUUUGGGGGAUCCAGCACUGCGGCAUCGCCCGCAAUCAACAAUGUUGGUGCGCCUCCUAAGCCGAACGCGCGCGACAACAGGUGGGACCCAAGCACGCAGAACAUCCAGUUCAGGUAG